UCAACCAAAGCAUUUGUAGUGAGACUUUGACCGCAGUCUACAUCUCUAAUCUCGAAAAUUUGUUAACGGUUUGGCGUCUCCCUCGUGUUUGAAGGUUUUCUGUACUUUUACGUAAAAUAUGGAUGAUGAGGAUGAAACAUAUAAAUUGUGGCGCAUCAGAAAAACCGUGAUGCAGCUAUGCCAUGACAGAGGUUAUCUUGUCACGCAAGAUGAAUUGGAUCAGACGUUAGAACUAUUCAAGGAACAGUUUGGAGAUAAGCCUAGUGAGAAAAGGCCGGCUAGGAGUGAUCUUAUUGUUCUUGUGGCGCAUAACGAUGAUCCUACGGAUCAGUUGUUCGUUUUCUUCCCAGAUGAACCAAAAAUCGGCAUCAAAACCAUCAAGACAUAUUGCCAGCGCAUGCAAGAAGAGAAGAUCCAUAGAGCAAUAAUUGUUGUCCAGCAAGGCAUGACACCAUCUGCUAAGCAAUCGCUAGUAGAUAUGGCACCAAAAUAUAUACUGGAACAGUUUCUGGAAUCUGAAUUACUGAUAAAUAUUACCGAACACGAAUUGGUACCUGAGCACAUUGUCUUAACUCCGGAUGAGAAAGAGGAACUAUUGACAAGAUAUAAGCUAAAGGAAAAUCAGCUGAUGCGAAUACAAGCUGGCGAUCCAGUGGCACGAUAUUUUGGUUUGAAACGUGGACAAGUUGUUAAAAUAAUCAGAUCGUCAGAAACCGCAGGAAGAUACAUAUCCUAUAGGUUGGUUUGUUGAGGAGAGAAAAGAAAAAAGAGUAAAGAAGAACAGAAUCGUGAAAAUCUCUCAGAUUAAAAAAAAAAGAUAUUUAUUAAAAGGUAAAAAAAAUGCAGCUCGAAAUUUGACAUUUAUUGUAGCAGUAUUUUAUAAUGGUGCAUCGUUUUGCAUCUAGCAUUAUAAUAUCUGCAAUUAUACAUUAUUAUGCUAUGAAAUAAUCUGUCGCAUUGAGUAUUAAACAUUGUACAGUUAGCAGCAAUGAAUAAUUACAGUUCUCAUACGUGAAA